CGAAGUUAAACACCUCUCUCGUUGAUAUUGGACUGAAGGAGGAUAAACACGGUACGAUGAGCAGACUGGCGGCGAUCUGCCUGUUGGCAGUGUGCAUCGCCUCUCACUGCGUGACGCGCGCGCGCGAAAUCACGAGGGAUCAUUACGAUGACCUGCAGGUAGCCGCCAGUCAUCACGGCCAUCAUCACGAGAGCGGCCACGGUGAGGAGCAUCAUUCUGAUCAUCACCACGAACACGGCGGAAAAGGCAGCAAGGGUUACAAGUCGGCGCAUCAUCACGAUAAGGGAGAGAAGGGACACCACGAUAAGGAGGGCCACUCCGGAGGCUAUCACGAGGGCGGCGGUCACAAGAAGCAUCAUCAUCACGACGACGGUUAUUACAGCGAGCAUCACAAGGGCGAGAAGGGCGAGAAGGGUCACAAGUUCCAGGAGAAGGGCCAUUACGGUAAGGGCCACAGCACGAAGGGGCACCACGAAAUGCACAAGCUCGACGAAUACAAGAAGGACAAAGAUUUCUUCGACGAGCAUCACGACCACGGCCAUCACGAGGAACACGGUGGCCAUCAUCACGAGCACGGUCAUAAGAAGGGCGGCCACUUCAAGAAGGGCCAUCACGACCAUCAUCACCACGAGGAUCAUUACGGCAAGAAGGGUCAUCACGAGAAGGGACAUCAUCAUCACGACCACAAGGGUCACAAAGGCCACGGCGGUCACGAGGAGCAUCAUGAUCAUCAUUCCCAUUACGGCAAGAAGGGAGGUCACGAGGACCACAAGCAUUGGGGAUUCAAGAAGGGACAUUGAUGUGGAUAUUAUGAGAAGAAUCGUCGUUUUACGAGUCGCUUUCGCUUGUU